AUGUUAACUUGUUUUGGUUACAUAAUUCCGUUGUUGGCUGCAACUGGUGCUAUGGAGCUUGACCAAAAGAAUUGGUCUGGUGGAUAUUUUGCUGAUGUUGCUGAAAUCAUUGCUGGGAAAUGGUUGAAAUUUUGGAUGGAGAUUGGUGCUGUUUUAUCAAUUGUUGGUUUGUUUGAGGCACAACUUAGUAGUGCUGCAUACCAACUUCUUGGUAUGGCUGAUUUGGGAUUCAUACCAAAAAUAUUUGGUGAUAGAUCAAAGAAAUUCAAUACUCCUUGGAUGGGGAUAUUGGUGUCAACAAUUAUAGCAGUUGCUAUGUCAUUUUUUAGCUUCAAUGAGAUUAUAUCAACAGUGAAUUUCUUGUAUAGUUUGGGGAUGCUGUUGGAAUUUGCAUCGUUUCUUUGGCUUAGGAGAAAAUUCCCAUCAUUGAAGAGGCCUUUUGAAGUGCCAUUGGGAAUGAAGGGUUUGAUCCUAAUGUGCCUUAUACCUUCUUUGCUUUUGGUGUAUGUGAUGAGUGUUGCCACAAAAGCAGUGUUUGUUGCAAGUGCUUUCUUGACUUGUGUUGGGAUUCUUUUGUACUAUUUCAUGAAUCUUUGUAAGGCCAAGAGGUGGGUUGAAUGA